UCUCACCAUAUAUCAUGGAACCUCGCAGUUCAUUUGAAGAUGAAAUACCCAACCAAAUAUUUGCUCGGAGGUCUGCCAAUUACCAACCGAGUUCGUGGGACUAUACUUCACUGCACACGCUAUCAAACACUCUCAAAGAGGAAGUAAACGACCGCUUAGCUGAGGAACUAAUGCAAGAAGUGAGGAAUCAAAUUAACGAUGGGAUCAAGCUCCAGCGACAGCUCGAGCUAAUUGAGGCCAUUGACCGACUCGGUCUGGCCUCACUCUUCCAUGAGGAAAUCUACCAAGUUUUAAGUGUUUUAUCUCUCAAUAACUACAAAGAGGUGAUUCUUUGUGGCCUUCGAUCAACGGCUAUAUGCUUCCAGCUUCUUCGUCGCUUUGGAUUUCAAAUAUCUGAAGGGAUUUUUGAUGAUUUCAUGGAUGGUGAUCACAAUACAUUCUUACCAACACUCUCUGAUGAUCUUAUUGGGCUACUAAGCUUAUACAAUGCUUCUUAUAUGGCUUUCCCCGGAGAGAAAAAAAUGGAGUCUGCGAGAUCAUUUGCAUUGAAAAACAUGACGAGGAAGAAUAUGCAGGAAAUUUUACCGGGUAGCAUUGAGAGUGCCAUAGGCCAUGCUUUGGAUCUUCCCCUCCAUCGCAGGAUGCCAUGGAUGGAAGCUCGGAUGUAUAUAGACAUGUAUGAGCUUGAAGAUGGCAUGAGCCCUGCAUUGCUUCAUCUCGCGAAAAUCCAUUUCAACAAGGUCCAAAGCAUUCAUCAGAAGGAAUUAAAGCACGCCGGAAGCUGGUGGACAAGAUUGGAUCUGGGAAAAACAAUAAGCUUCUCAAGAGACAGGCUUAUGGAAUGCUUCUUUUAUGUUGUUGGAAUUGUUCAUCAUCCUGAUUAUGGAUUUUGCCGAGAAAAACUCACUCAAGUUGGUAUGUUGAUUGCAACUAUUGAUGACGUUUAUGAUGUUUAUGGUUCCCUUGAAGAACUUGAGCUCUUUACCCAAAUUAUUGAUCGUUGGGAUAUCAAAGGCGUGGUAGAACUUCCAUAUUAUAUGAAGAUUUGCUUUUCUGCCCUCAACGACACUAUCAAUGGAGUCGCAAAUCAUCUCUAUGCAGAUGAUAGAUUGGAAGCCAUACCUUAUAUUAAAAGAGUGUGGGCAGACUUAUUCAAGUCAUUCUUGGUAGAAGCAAAAUGGCAUAAGAAAGGAUACAUUCCAACACUAAAAGAGUAUCUUUCAAAUGCUUCCAUCUCAGCAGCAGGCCAUGUCAUACUUUUUCUUGCUUAUAUCUUAUUAAAAUGUAAAAUAACUAAGGAGACUUUACAGCUGCUUCAAGAUUUCCCAAAUAUCAUUCGAUUACCCUCCCUAAUAUUCCGCCUCUGCAACGACUUAGCAACAUCAUCAGUAGAACAAGAGAGAGGUGAUGUCGCAACAUCAGUUCAAUGCUACAUGAAAGAAACAGGAGCUUCUGAGGAAGAAGCUCGCCUGUACAUAUCAAUGUUGAUAAGUGAUGCAUGGAAUGAUAUGAACGAAGAAUAUUCAACUUGUUCUAAGCCACAAUUCCCUCAAAGAUUCAUUGAUGCUUCUAUAAAUCUUGCAAGAAUGGCAAGUUUCAUGUACCAACAUGGAGAUGGAUUUAGUGCUCCAAGUCAUCAGAUUAAGGGUUCCAUAAAGUCAUUGCUCCUAAAUAGCAUUUCUAAUAAUUUAAAUGAAAGAGAUAUGCAGUGAAGAUUCAAUUAUUUAAUACACCAAUUGCAUAUGGUCUAAACAUGAUCUCGGAGGAUGACAUGGCAUUGCUCCACAACCUAUAAAUAAAUUGAGUCAUGUUGAGUUUUGUUUUAUUAUAGAUUAUGUGUAAGAUGGUGAAAGGAAACACUCAGGCUUGUUUUAAGCUAUUUGUUCUAGAAUUUAUU